CCCCGCAGCUCCAGCCGGUCAUAUGAGCGCAGCCUUCAGCCCGUCCUUCAUGGUGAUGCAGCGGCCACUCGGAAGCACCACCGCCUUCAGCAUCGACUCUCUGAUCGGGGGGCCUCCGCAGCCCAGCCCGGGACACUUCGUCUACACCGGCUACCCGAUGUUCAUGCCGUACCGGUCGGUGGUCCUGCAGCCGCCGCCCCCCCCGCCCCCCGCCCUGCAGCAGGCGCUCCCGGCCGGACACCCCGCGCACCCGCAGAUCCCGGGCCUGCAGGGCGGCUUCUGCUCCGGCCUGGCGCAGGGGCUGACGGGAGGCAUGGCGCUCACCUCCACGCUCAUGGCGUCGCUGCCCGGGGGCUUCUCCCCGUCCCAGCAGCACCAGGACGCCGCCAGGAAGUUCGGUUCGCAGGCGCUGCACGCGGAGCUGCGGCUGGAGGCGGAGGACGGGAAGAGUUCCGCGGCUCUGCAGGCGUUCCACGACACGGACACGCCGGUGCACACAUCCACAGUCAGACUCGGUAAAGAGGACCCGAAGGACGAGGACUGCGGCCGGAAGGAUGAGUCCUUCUCCAUGGACAGUGACCUGGACUACAGCUCCGACGACAACCUGACCUCCACGUGCCACAAGGAGGACGCGGACGGGGGGGGCCUGGACGACGGCCCCCACCUGCACGGCUCCGGGGGUUCCGCCGCCGGCGGGGGAGGCACCGGCGGCGGCGGAGGCGGGAAGAACCGGCGGCGGCGGACGGCGUUCACCAGCGAACAGCUGCUGGAGCUGGAGAAGGAGUUCCACUGCAAGAAGUACCUGUCCCUGACCGAGCGCUCCCAGAUCGCGCAUGCGCUGAAGCUGAGCGAAGUGCAGGUGAAGAUCUGGUUCCAGAACCGGCGCGCGAAGUGGAAACGGGUCAAAGCCGGGAACGUCAACAACAAGUCCGGGGAGCCGUCCCGGAACCCCAAGAUAGUCGUCCCCAUCCCGGUGCACGUGAGCCGCUUCGCCAUCCGGAGUCAGCACCAGCAGAUGGAGCAGGCCCGGCCGUAGACCGGACCGGACCGGACCGGACCGGGUCGGACUGAGGCUCGUGCUGACGCGUUUCCUUCGGGUUUCAAUCACCUCUUUGACUUGACCGAAGUAAAGAACCCGGUUUUGUUCCAAGACACGGAACCGGAACCCGGAUCAGAACCCCGUCAUCGAACCGGGUCUGAUCCCGAACCGGACACUGAACUGAUCAAACCUGGUAUUUACAUGAAUAUUUAUGAUUUUUUUUUUUUUUUUGUCGCUUCAGGAACAUUUUCAACAACACUGACAAUAAAUAAAAUCACGGUUUGAUUUAAAAUUAAAAUCCCACGAGUUUCAGACAUUUUAGUUUUUUUUUUUUUUUUUCCAAACUUCAAACUUAAUUAAACUCAGUUUGGAAACGUUUCAAAUCCACCGAACCGAACCUGCCGUCCACUGUAAUUCAACACGAGCUGCGGUGAGUUUUUGCGGAAAGACGCGGAUGAGGACGCGCUGAGGAUGAGGAGGAUGAAGAUGAAGAACCCCCCCCCCCAUGUAAAUAAAUAAACACAC